CUCGGUUAAGCGCUUUCUCCAUUGCGGCACUGCCAUCCGCCCAAGCUCUGACACUGGCCAGAUCUCACACUCUUUUCAUCUCUACGCGCUCGCAGGACGAUCCAAAUCCAUUCAUUCGCAAUUCCUUAAACUAACUCUCUUUUCAUCUCCCAACAAUGUCACCCCCGUUCACAACCUAUGGGGACCACUCAACAGACUACCUAUCCUCACAACAGCCAAUUUCAUCCCCUUCAGACGACUUCAAGUCUUCCUAUAACGACGACCUCAGUGACCUCAUUGACCAAUAUGCGGAGCCGUACUCGAGGACUUCACGGCAUCAAACAUUUGCUGUUUCGACUAACCCAUUGGACGAUUCUGAUUCACGGGGCCACUCUUUUUCCACCGAUCAGAAAGGAGCAUACUCGGUCGAUAAAGUUGUAGAGGAGGAUGCUGAACCAGACCCUUCGAACCAUGACUAUCCCCCAACACUGAAGCAGGAGAAGGCGAUUGACAACCGAAGUUUUUGGGCAAAAGUUCUUCCUGACUCCUGGGCAUGUCGACUCUUUGUCCUUACUGUGGUGAUCGAGACUGCAGUGGAUCUGGCCAUUGAAGGCGACUUGCUUGUUCGAUUACAGGAUGACUCGGGGAAACUGGCAGUGUAUCUCAGCGUAUUCGCGCUUGCCCACAUCUUCCAACUUGUCAUGGCGGUCGAUGCGGUGUAUGCACGUAAUACCCUGCAAUUUUUGUCUCUCAUCAUAUUCAACCUUCUUUUCCUGUUAUACGCCGUUAUUGAAAUUGGCGAAAUCAAGAACUCGUCGACCACUUCGGCUGGGAUCCUACAUGUACCGGUGAAUGUCCUCACUGACAUUAUACCUGCCGUUAUAUCCGCUGCGGAGAUAGCCUACAUCACUCUUGGCUGGAAAAUCUAUAACGAGUUCGGUUGGAAGGUGUACAAGUUUCUGGGUGCUGACCGCCGCAUCAAGAAAAUGUAUGCCACGUAUCAGAUCUUCGAAUGUCUUGUCAAGUUCGACAUCUUCUUUUGGGUCGGCUUCUCCGUGCAGUUCAUAUGGCUGGUCCUCCAGAAGAACGACUGGGAAUACUACGUCACCUGGGCUGCUCUCCCGUUGUCGAUCCUCCUCCUCAUCGAAGGUCACCUUGCUGCGCGUCACGAGAAUAAGUGGAUGAUGGGAACGUUUAUGUUUGGAAGUAUGGGCGCCCUGGUCUAUUUCACAUACAAACUUUUCCGGGUUCUUCAGUAUAGAGAGACGCAAUACGCCUUGUACUGGAAAUCACUUUCCACGUUUUCUGCAAUCGCAAUCGUCCUUCUCGUCAUCACGAUCAUUUUUUCCGUCUUGGUGAUGCGCAAUUUCGGGCGGGGACUGAAGGCAUCGAUUGCAAGAAGUAAAACCCACACGCAGGGAAGUUGCUCUCAACACGUGAACCUUGGAGCGAUGAGUACGAACCCAAACCGGAUGAGUAUCGAAUGAAUGCGCGUACAUCAAAGCCAUGGACUUGCUUGUAUUCUAUAGCGCUAUUUGCCACUCUUUCGAUUUGACACACCAAUCUCACCUUGCCCUAGCCACGAUCACAUCCGCAUUGACAUAUCCAUCACAUAUCUCCUCCGCAUUGUCAUUCUUCGCGUUCUUUAGUUUCUUGAUUUAUAGGUAUAAGUAUUUACAGAUAUUUUCACGCAUGCCAAGUAGAAUGCAUCGCUCUCCAAUCUGGAUCUGGAGGCUUGUGUUUCUUCUGGCAUCCGCUUUUUACCCUCCCUCUGAGCUGCCUGUGCUUUGUGGAUAUUUUCAUGUAUCGAUGGUAUUAUAAUAGAUAGAUAUAUAAGGAUUUCUAUACCUCAAGCUGAAUGGGUGGUACUGCCAUUACCAGUAUGUUGAC